AUGCAACAGCCUUUACGGAGUUUGACAAACUUCCCUGGAAAGUGCUUAGCUUCUUUGAAAACCUUCAUGAAAAACAUAGAAAGGACUCCCCCUAAGGUCUUGGAUGACCAUUUUAAUGGCACGAAUUCCCAAUACCAUUCCUUGUUUAUAAAUGCUGGUGGUGAGGAUGUAAAUAUUGAAGGAAAGCAUUAUGAUGCAGAUAUAUCAUCAAAAGCUUUCUAUGUAGAUCCAACAAAGCGUUGGGCUUAUGUUUGUUCGGGAAAUUUCUUAGCAAAAACAGCCAAUUCCAGUGAUUACAUAAGGAACUCAACAUGUGGAUUUUCUUUUCCUGAGGCAAUUUUAUAUACAAAUGCUCGAAUUUGCCCUCAGUCUCUGACAUAUUAUGGUUUCUGCUUACAAAAAGGCAAUUACACUGUGGAACUCCGAUUCGCUGAAAUUGUAUAUUCAAAAGAUGAAGACUACAGUAGCAAUGGGAAGCGUGUGUUUGAUGUAUAUAUUCAGGGUACAAGAGUAAAGGAGGAUUUUAACAUAAAAAAAGAUCCCAAGAAUCCUUUAUAUUUCCCAGCUGCAGUAGAUAAUCAUCUACUCGAAAUCCGCUUAUUCUGGGCUGGCAAAGGAUCUCUGUAUAAUCCACCUAAUCUUAAUGGACCUCUGAUGUCAGCUAUAUCUGUAACCCCUGACUUCAAAAUUGGAGUAUUAUCUACAAAGUGGAUAGUAGUGAUUGUUAUUGCUGUUGUAUCCACUCUUGCAUUAGCUUCGCUUCUUUUAUGGGCUUUCAUGUGGAGAAUGGGAUGGGUGGGAGACAGAGAGUUGAACAACACCAUUGUGAAAAUCCGAGACAAAGAAUAUUCCCUCAAAGAAGUGAUUGUUGCUACUGGAAAUUUCGGCCCUCAGAAUGAGAUUAGCCAGAUGGUUUACAAGGCUACACUCCGGGAUCAGGAGAAACUUGUUGCUGUAAAGAAGUUACCUCCAUACACAAAGCAGUUUGAUCAAAUAACAAAUGAAGUGUAUGCGGGCCAAAAGCUGAAACAUGACAAUCUUGUGGAGCUAUUGGCUGUCUGUUCUAACAAAAAAAAGAAAAUUUACUUGAUUAUCUACGAAUAUAUGGAAAACGGCUCGCUUCAACAAGCCCUGUUUGAUGACUCAAAUGUUCAACGGCAACUUGAUUGGCAAAGGAGAGUUGAGAUCUGCCGUGGAAUAGCAAAGGGUCUGGAGUAUCUACAUGAACUUGCAACUGGCAAAAUUCUUCAUAGAAAUAUAAAAGCCAGUAAAGUUCUUCUUGAUGAAAAUUUUAACGCUAAGCUAUCAGACUUAGGACUAGCAAUGCUUUAUGGCGAGGAUGAGCCGUAUGAUUUUCUCCACAAAAUAGCUGCAGGGUUUACAUACAUGGCACCUGAGGUGCUAAGGAGGGAAUCCAUAACAGACAAAGCUGAUGUUUACAGUUACGGGAUUGUUCUGAUUGAAAUAAUUAGUGGGCAGAGUAAUUCAAAGGAUGAAGGGAACAAAGAGACUGAAUCUCUUUUACAAAGGGCUGCUGUGUUACAUAAUAGAGGAAGUUAUUCCGGGUUGGUGGAUCAAAAGUUAACAAGUUAUGACAUGCGGCAAGUCGUUGCAAUCUUUGAUUUGGCAAUGAGGUGCGUUGAUCAGACUCCUGCUCUCAGGCCAAAAAUGUCUGAAGUUGUGAGUGAACUAGAGAAGAUCUAAGCGGUUUACCC